UCUGCGGAGAAACUUUAGCAGCAAAGAACAGCGACAUCACACCAGUACUUGGUGUGAAGACUGUGCGUUACAGAAAAGGGUAGUUGUUCUUGAAGAUAUGGAUGGGUGAAAAUUAGCUUUUUUCACCCUAUAGUCAGGUCUUUUUUCGGGAUACCCAUCCUCGUCUGCCACUAGCUAGCACUAGCAGCGUGCUAUCCCAACCCAUGAUAAAGUGAAGUCGCCACAAAUUUUGCAAGUGACAACUUGGCGAUAAGGGGGCGGACACCAUGGCUGCGGGCCUCGUCGUCACCCUCCUCUUCCUCCUCCCCUGUCUGCUGUCAGGAGUCCAGCCUCUGCCGCAUCAGUCGCCGCUGCCGUCAGAAGCACCCCUGCAGGCACCUCACUUCACCGGGUGCCUGUCCCGGGACAUGGAGACCUUCCGCUGCUGGUGGAGUGCUGGAAGCUUCCGGAACCUGUCAGAGCCUGGAGCCUUGAGGGUGUUCUUCUUGAAGAGGAACUCUGGAGACUGGAGGGAGUGUCCCAAGUACUCAGACUCCUCUCCGAACGAGUGCUAUUUCAACAAGUCGUACACCGUCAUCUGGACCGAGUACUGCGUGCAGCUGCGCAACCAGGCCCAGAACAUCACCUACGACGAGCGCUGCUUCUCUGUAGAGAACAUAGUGCACCCUGACCCCCCUGUGGGACUGAACUGGACGCUGCUGAACAUGAGCCGGUCGGGACUGCACUUUGACAUCAUAGUGCGCUGGGAGCCACCGCCCUCUGCAGACGUGAAGACCGGCUGGCUGAGCCUGGUGUAUGAAGUGCACUACCGCGAGAGGAACACAUCACGGUGGAACAUGCUGGACCUAGAAAAGGGCACUCAGCAGUCCAUCUACGGCCUGAACACAGGCUCAGAGUACGAGGUUCGAGUGCGCUGCAAGAUGCAUGCCUCAAGCAACUUUGGGGAUUUCAGUGAAACCAUACUCGUCUACAUUGCGCAGAUACCCACUAAAGAAUCUCCGUUUCCCGUCACGCUGGUCCUCGUCUUCGGCGCUGUGGGAGUUGGAGUCCUCCUCAUGCUGAUCAUCUUCUCACAGCAGCAAAAGCUGAUGGUGAUUUUGCUUCCCCCUGUCCCAGCUCCCAAAAUCAAAGGGAUUGACCCAGAACUGCUGAAGAAGGGGAAGCUGGAUGAGCUGAGCUCCAUCCUCAGCAGCCACCACAUCUACCAGCCGGAGCUCUACCAGGACGACACAUGGGUGGAGUUCAUCGAGCUGGACGCGGGCGAGGCAGGCGACAAAACCGAGGGCUCGGACACGCAGCGGCUGCUGGGCUCCUCCCACGCCCUCAACAUCAAGGACGACGACUCGGGGCGUGCCAGCUGCUAUGACCCCGAGCUCCCCGAACCCGAGCUGCCCGAUCCCGACACCCUGGCCCUCCCCCUGGGGCAGCUCCAAAAGCGGGGCUCCCUCCUCGUGUCCCGGAGCAACUCCUCCACCCCCAGCCUGGGCCCGCAGGCCCCUGCCCCGCUCAUCCAGACCCAGCUCAGCAACCAGAGCUGGGUCAACAUGGACUUCUACGCCCAGGUGAGCGACAUCACCCCCACCGGCCGGGUCGUGCUGUCGCCCAGCCAGCUGAGCAGAGCCCAAGAGGAAAAGGAGGAGGAGAAGAAAGAUAUGUCCACCCCGAAGAAGAAAAAGGAGGAGAAAGAGGAGGAGGAGGGGGAGGAGGAAAACCAGAAGAAGAGGAAGGAGAAUUUCCAGCUGGUGGUUGUAGAUCCUGAGGACGGAGCCUACACCUCAGGGAAGGAUGCCCAACUGAUCAGCGCCAACUUCUCCCCCGCCGAGGGCUCCUCCACCCCGCUGCCCCAGGUGGCUCCCGCAGUGGUGUGCCCCCCUUCGGGAGGCCCUGCGGGGGAGUACCAGAGCCCUUACCUCUUGUUAGAGGGCACCCCCUGCCCCCCACGACCCCCUGUCUCAGACUACACUGUGGUGCAGGAUGUGGAUGCCCAGCAUAGUCUCCUCCUGAACCCCACCCCCCCAGAGCUAUCGGCCCCCCACCCUGCCCCCGCCAAGCCCCUGCCCCCCAUGCCAGCGGGGUACCUGUCCCCUGACCUGCUGGGCAACAUCACACCCUGAAUGCCUCUCCCCCCGGCUCAGGAGGUCAAGGGUUAAAGGGUUUUCACCAACACACACACAGACUCU